UGGACACAGCCGAAUCUCGUUUCGUUAUGUCGCAAAUAAAAACAGAUAACCACGCAUGCGCUGUCAUUUCUAUGGUUACCUGGACGCUACAGACCUUUUUUGUUUCAGCAUGCCACCCAAGAAAGAAAAGUCAUCAAAGGGAGGUAAGCUGAACAAGGCCCAGAAGGCCAAGAAGCAGCAAGAGGAGGAGGAAAGAAGGCUCCAAGAGGAAGAGGAAGCACGGCUGCAAGCGGAAAAAGAAGAGAGGGAAAAAUUGGAAAGAGAAAAAAAGGAGAAGGAGCAGGAAAGGCUUGAGCUAAAGGACCAAGCACGCAGAGAAGAUGAGUUGAACGAACUCCACCAUCUACUGGAGGAGAAUCAUACUGCGUUGACCACAUGGAAAGCUGAUGCUGUGGAGAAAGCCAAGUGGAAGAGAUACAUGCGGUGUGAUGGCAUCCCAGACCCAGCAGCACAGCAGGAUCUUAACACAUAUAUCAGCCUAUGGAGAGAUGACCCAGAGGUCAAUAUCACACUCGUGCUCAAACAAUGUCACCUCGCUCUACAGCUGAUGGAGGAGCUGGAGGAUCUGCUCAGAGAUGUUACAGAUCCACAAGAAUGCCACAAGUACCAGGAGGGCCUCAUAAACUUGCAGGAGCUAUACCACUCUAAACUCCUCCUCACCACUGAGGAAAUCCUCAAGAGGGCCAGUAUGAACAUCGACACUGAGACAGGAAACAUGCAGACUGUGGUCAAAGAUGUCGACAUUACACUGUGUCUCUGGGCCAACCUCAAGAAGAAUCCAAGGUUUAGAGAUUUAAACUUUGGGGAGGCUGGCCUGGGCUUUGAGCUUCCCAAACAGCUAGCUGUGAGCCAUAUCGCUGUACGGUUGCUCCACACACGCCAUGACCACCUGUCCUUGCUGGCCAGGAUGGUUCACAAGACAAUCCACACACCCAGCCUCAGGUCUCUUGCAGGCGGUGAGGAGGUUCCGGCAGACAUAGAUCUACCUGAGCAGGGGGAGACAAAAAGAACGGGGGAGGUGAAGGAAGACAUUGAGACCCAGCAGCAGCGAGUGGACGAGGAGGUGCAGUCCAUCCAAGGAUCCGAAGGGAAAAAGAGUGCAGCCAGCCUACAGUCCAGAAGAAACAGUGCCCAGUCGGCAGAAGGCAGAGUGAGCCAGAUACAGACACAGAUGGAGGCACUCAGCGGUAAGACGCCCAGCAAGACACUUCCCAACACUCCUAAAAGAAUGCCCCAUCACACUGGAUCUGAGGGGGACUUGACAUGUGCAACGGUGCAGCUGACAAAGAUGGAGCGCACUGAGUGUGCCCAGGUUGUGGACUUAAUGCAGCACACACCUCUGGGUGGGGUCUUCUACUGUGACGUGUUUCACCUCCCGCCACAAGCCAACCAGGUCAAUGGCUGGGAAAUUAGACAGCUGUCGGACGAAGGGCUUCAGGUGUUCCCGUAUCCUAUGGAAAAGUCAAACUUAGAUGACAACAAAGCUCUCCCCUGCCCUCCUGUCGUUGUGUCUGUGACACUGCCAGACUCUGUUGCCUUCCUGGAAACUCCUCAAGUGGCUCGCUGGGAUGCUGAAGUGAAGCAGUGGAGGAUGGACAGUAUCACUGACUUGUCUUAUGAAGAAGAAGAGGCCAAAAUCUCCUUUAAGAUGGACUCAUUCCAGCCCUUUGUGCUGAUGCAGGAGACGUAUGCCAACCUUCCCUUCCUGAGUUGGGAGCUCAGGCCAUUGGGCCAAGACGCAGCUCUUUUCACCGUCAACGGGGCACUCAUUGACCUCAGUAUCACAAUCCAGGGUAAUCAGUGUAUGUUGCAGUUGGAGCAAGAAAGAGGUCUCUCUCACCUCAUAGGGCAGUGGAUGAGUGGCCCCAUUCUGCAGAGAGCCAUGCUUAAAGCAGGGAUCAACAUCUUUGUCAAUGAAUACACCGACAAAUACGUCAUCACCUGCGGCAAGGACCCACUGACAGAACAUGCGGCCUACAAACAGAUGGCCCUCUUUGCCUCUGCCUGCGCUUUCUCGAGGAGCAAGUGGAAUGCCAAAUGUGGACCUGAGCAUUUAGUCAUGCAGGCAUGUGAGCACCACGGCCCGGACCCGGUCCCUAAGGAUUCGUGGAGUCUCUACCUGCUGGGUGCUCAGAGGAGUCAGAAGCUGGAAAUCACAGAGACGAGUGAGCAAUUCUCUCCCGAUUAUUAUCCUGGAAGUGAGUUUCACUCCACCUUCAUCCACAUGCUCCAGGACAACAUGAGCACUGAUGGCACAGCCAGGACCAGAGAAUCCAAUUAUCUGUUUGUUGACACGGUGCAGAGCCUUCUUUGUGCCACCAGACCACUGAUGUAUUCAUAACCUGUGUGACAUUUACAGGAUGGUUUUUAAAACAACAAAUUAAAGACAUUUUAAAACACCUGACGUUGACAUGUACAUUUGGAUAAAAUGAGAUAAAUGUAUAAGAACACACGUCUAUGUAGAAUUGGCUACUUUAUUUGUGCAAAGUUUCACGCAUCUUCUUUGGAACAUACAAAAGAGUAUGAAGUUGAAAAAACGGUGACAACCACAGCAAGAACUUAAAAAGGAAAAUUAAAAAAAAAAACUUUGGUGUUAAAACUGUCACACUGUAGAAUUAUAACUUAACAAAAAUAAACAGAUAUUCACAUAUUACGACUCUAAACUAACAAUCUUAUAUAGAUUUAAACAUAUUUUUAAAAUGAAAGAUUUAUUACCAGUGUUUAUAGACUUAAGUUAUAAAAUGUCCUCUGCAAAAUUCCAUUAAAAAAGGUUGGCAGUCCUGACUUUAUUCAAAUGCAUGAAAUGUGUUUAAAAAGCCAUUUGGCACAAUAGGAGCGUCCAUGAUGUUUGUCAAUGGAAAACUGCACAGCGGCCCAUUGUAUGACUUGUUAGAUCAGUGCUGUCAUUCUGAUGAAGUUGUGACAUGAUUGGUCAACGUUGUACCAGCUCUGUUGACGAAUCAAGCCUGAUUUGAAGGAUUGUUGUCCGGGUUAGACGGUUGCCAGCAGCACUGACUGGAAAACUACGUCAGAAUGUGGUAAGGAUGUUGAGCAGCCCAUCUUAAAAAGGACUUUGGUUUCCACCACCUGACCAACUGCUUCUUCUCUU